CAAAAUAAUGUGGGUGUUGAACUGUUGACGGUUGAGUGCCGAAUAGUUCCAAAGAUAUCGUUUUCUUUUCUCUAUUUAUAAAUAAAAACAACUUCAGACGUUCCUGUGCUAUUUAUAUCAUUGCAAAUCAUUCUAUAUCAUAAUCCUGUGAACUAUAUAUAAUUUUGUGGCUCAAAUAAUGCGUUAUAUCUUCCUAACUACUAUUUUCAGUGUUGUGUUUGCGUAUGAAAAAGAUAUGACUUUUACUGUACAAGCCGGUAAACAAGACUGUUUUUAUCAAAAAGUACUUCCUAAUGAAAUAAUUGAUAUAGAAUAUCAGGUAAUUGAUGCGUCACACGGUGAGCUGGAUAUAUCAUUUCAGCUCACAGAUCCUGUAGGAAUGAUUAUUGUAGCUGAUUAUAAGAAGCCAGAGAACGCACACAGACAUACAUCUGUGCUGGAAGGGGAUUAUCGAUUCUGCUUUGACAAUACAUUUAGUACUUUUAGUGAGAAGACUGUAUUUUUCGAUUUAAUGAUAGAUAAUGAAGAUUCACAAAGCAAAGAUUAUGAUGAUGACAAGGAAAUGGAAUUAGGUAAUGCAGCUGAGACAUAUGUUAUGCGUGUAAGAGAUAUAUCAGAGUCGGUCACACGUGUAAAGGAUAAUGUUUCAGCUGCCAAACGGUUGCAAGAGUUGCUGUCAGCCCACGAGGCAAGAGAUAGGAAUCUCGCCGAAGAUAUGUGUGAUCGGGUGCUGAAGUGGUCGCUAGUUCAUAUUGUUUUUAUGUCACUCAUCGGGGUUUUCCAGGUGUACUUCGUAAGAAGUCUGUUCGAAGAUUCAAGCAGGAGUUAUAAAAAAUUUGUUCCUCACCUAUAAAUACCAAAGAUUUUGUAUUUAUUAUAACCGACUUUAGGGUUUUAGAUUUAUCAUGGGUAAAUUAAAAAAGAGCUGUCUGAGUUGGACACGAUGUUAUGAUAUUACACGCUUACUUACAAUUACAAAAUUCUGCGUACCCCUAGAUUUUUAUAUGAGUUUAAUAAUUUGUCUAACUCAUAGAGCUACAGAUAAACAACAUGUCAUUAAACAAAACAGCGAUCACAGAUAAAGCAACUCAAUUGUCUAUUAAUGAAUGUUACAGAAGAUCGUCCAAUGGCUCAAUACGAUAGCAGUUAUGAUAAAAUAUCCAUUAUUAUGUGUCCCUAAAUUCUGCUACAUUUGCGAUAGCGAAAUAAAUUCAAGAUUUGACGUAAUAUUUCGAUAGAUAUAUCGAAGACGUCAUCUUGUCACCUAGUGAUGUAAUUAUUUAAAUUAAAAUCCAGUAAAUAACAUUAAAUAUAUUCCUUAUUUCAACCAAAAAUAUACGAAAUGGCGCGAAUCGCGCGUCAAAUGCCAUUUCACAGUUUGACGUCUUGUGUAUGACGGAUUAUAUCCGUCAAAUUAUACUGUGUUUUAGACAACAUUACAGUGACACAACGGUAUUUUUUUGUGGUGUUAGAAAUAUUUGCUAAAUAACGUAAAUUUUCCCAAUAGUCCAAAUAAUUUUAUUGUAGUUUAGAAAUGCCAUUUUAUAAUUUUACAAGCCAAAUGUCUAUCCUUGUUCCUAUUCACAUCACAGAUAACCAUCCACAGGACAGAUGUUUGAUCACAUAGUUAAUUAUUGUCGUUUAUAUACGUAAUUUAUCUAAAUGCACACAAAAUAUAGAGUUUAAUUAGAAAAAUUAAAAAAUUUCUUUAUAUGUAAUUAAAACCGGUGAAAGGGUCAAGUCAAAGUCAGUUCAGGUUUGACAGUUCAGGUUCAUAGCGAUGCUAAGUUCUGUGUAUUCAUAGACAAGUUUAAGGGCUCUUUAAACAAACAAUACGUAAUUUCUAAUAGGUAUUUUUUAAAAUUAAUAUUUUUAAAUAUAUGGAGUUCGCCCUUAAACUUACCUAAGAAUUUCUAUUCUGAUUAAUUACAUCAUAAAAUGUGAAAACUUGGUACUUAGUCACAUCUUUAUUUUUAGUCCAAUUAAUGUAUUACAGAGUAUGAACACAGAUCGCCAUUCUCAUUAUACAUUAUAAAACCCACUGUCUUGGCCAUUUGAACAACAAGCAUGUAAACUUUGAGAGAAACGAAGAAUAUUAGUGAU